UAGCACAAAAAUGUCUUUUUCCCUCUUAUAAGAUGAGAUACUGGAUCAACACAUCUCUUUUCCUCCAUGCACUUAGAAAAAUGGAGUUUACUCUACAAAAUUUAUCAAAAUCUCCACCAUCUACAUAUUUUAAUAUAUAUAUCAACGGUACAUGUGAACAUCUUCCUAAUAUUAAUCAAAUCAUCUACAUUUAAUUAAUUGAUAUUAUAAUAAUUUUUGUUAGUCAAAUCCUCCCUUUUAUCAAUUUUUUGAUACUCUCUUCCUCAUCAUCAGACACCAGUCAAUCUGGCUUCCACCACCAACAUUCCACGAAGGAGCAGCGGCACCACCACCACCAAACAAAAGAUCACAUAUAACUAUGCACUACACUACACUCCACCACGACCACUACCUUCUUCUUCAAACACAAAUUAACAACUAGUAGUUAACAUAGCACUACACCCCGCCCCUUCCCCCGGCGGGUCUUCUCUCUCUCUCUCUCUCUCGUGAGUUAGUUAUGGGAAACCCAAACCCUAACCAGGAGGAAGAGAAGACCCUUCAAGAAGAGCUUUCAGGUCCCAUCAUGCUCGGCGACCGAGUCAUCAAACUCGCUCAGGAGUCCGACUCAUCCAAAGUCGACUGCGCCGAACUCGCCAAGAAGGUUCAGCUCCUCUGCGACAACCUCCGCUCCGUCGUCCGUGCCGCCACUGCCCAACCCCUCAACGAGCGUCCUAUCCGCCGCAUCGUCGCCGAAGUCUCCAAGACCCUCGACCGCACUCUCGCCCUCCUACGCCGCUGCCGCCGCAACGGCGGCGUCCUCCGCCAGGUCUUCUCCAUCACCACCACCGCCGAUUUCCGCAAGGUCUGGAACCUUCUAGAGUCUUCUAACGGGGACUUGCUCUGGCUCCUCAGCAUCUUCGAUUCCAAAGGUACCAACCUCUCUCUCCCUCCAAUUGCAAGCAAUGACCCUAUCCUCGCUUGGGUUUGGACCUACACCUAUACCCUCCAGUUGGGAACCCUAAAGGACCGUGCUGAAGCUGCAAUGGAACUUGGUUCUCUUGCAAGAGACAAUGGUCGGAACAAGCUUAUUAUCUUGGAUGAAGGUGGGGUUUCGCCGUUGCUCAAGCUUCUUAAAGAAGGUUCUUCCCCUGAUGCUCAGGUAGCUGCUGCUAAUGCUCUUGUUAGUAUUGCUAGGAACCAAGAGAGGGUUGUUAGGUUCAUUGUUGACUCGCUUGGGGUCCCCAUUAUUGUUCAGGUUCUUGGGGAUGCUGCUAUGAGGGUUCGUGUCUCCGUGGCUGAAUUGGUUGCCACCAUGGCUGAGCAGGACCCUCGUGCACAGGAGGAUUUUGUGAGAGCCAAUGUGACUAGGCCGCUUGUGUCGUUGUUGUCUAUAGAUACUGUUCUUGCUGAUCCCAUGGCAGGGAGGGCUAGCAUUCAUUCUUUGGUAGUGAAUUUGUCGUCGUCAUCUUCGAUUGGGGAAUCGUCUAAUUCAGGGAGUUUGGAUGGGAGUAGCAGAGGGGGCCAGCAUAGGAGGGAGAGGGAGAGGGAGGCUGAGAGCCCUGCGGUGAGGAACGAGGUCAAGGUGAGUUGUGCAAGGGCUCUUUGGAAGCUUUCCAUAAGGUGUCUUCUGACUAGCAAGAAAAUCACCGAGACCAAAGGUUUGCUUUGUCUGGCUAAGAUUAUUGAGUCUGAGAGUGGAGAAUUGCAGCUCAAUUGUCUCAUGGCUGUCAUGGAGAUUACUGCGGUGGCCGAGGUAAAUUCUGAUCUUAGGAGGGCUGCCUUCAAGUCUACUGCUCCCGCCGCAAAAGCAGUCUUGGAUCAGCUUCUGAGAGUGGUUCAGGAAGUGAACCAUCCGGCAUUGCUGAUUCCUGCAAUUAAGUCGAUUGGUUCCUUAGCCAGGAACUUCCCUGGAAAGGUUCCGCAUGUGCUUGGCCCUUUGGUUGCUCAACUUGGUAACAGAGAUGUGGAUGUGGCUAUUGAGGCUGCUAUUGCUUUGGGGAAGUUUGCGUGCUCCGAAAACUACAACUGUGUUGAUCAUUCUAAGGCAAUACUUGAGCUUGAUGGAGUUCCUAAGCUGAUGAGAUUGCUGCAGAACAAUGACCGUGCGCAUAUGCAUGGCCUUGUUUUACUUUGUCAUCUUGCUUUGAAUGUGGGCAAUAGUAAGGUUCUUGAACAAGAGCGCGCCUUGUGUACUCUAGAGAAGCUAGCCCGUCCUGUUUUAGCUCAGCAUCCUGAUCAGAAGGAUCUCUUCGCAAAAGCCAUACACAACCUCACUCUUUAUCAGCCGGGAGCUCAAUUGCACAGACAGUCCUAGGGGCUAUAAUCCCCACUCGUAUUAAUCAAAAUAAUUGGUCCUUCGGAAGGAAGUAAGCCUCAAGAUACGUGAACACUUAGAUCCGGAUCCAGAUCGUGUCCCACCAUGUUAACUUGUACAACAUAGUCAAUGAUCAUACUUUACUUGACCUGAGGAUAUUCGGCGCUAUUCAUCUAGCAGCAAUCCAAUGUUUGGGAAGGAUUGAGUGGCAGUCAUGCAGAGUUCUAUGGACAUGAUGAGCUUACUAUCGACAUCGAUUCAGAAGUUAUCCUGGUAAGAAUUCCCUGCUAGUAUUAUUAACUUUGUAAAUAAAUCUACUUAUAUUGUAAUGAAUUAAGCUUGCACAUACUUUUUCGUGCAUGAAAAGGUGUCUCCAACGCAUGCAAGUUGAAUAUUUUGACAAGAAUAUCAUUUUAAUCAGUUAAUCCAAAGUUUUAAUUGUGACAUUAUUUCAGUUGAUGCAUUUUCUGCUAGAAUUA